AUGCUCAACACUCCCGUCAUCUACUUUAGCGAGCCUCGUCCGGCGACUGCAGAACAAGGAACGUCAUAUAAGCGUCGUCGCUUGACCUCAACAACCAAUGAAUACAAUGCCGUGCUCAAUUACGGAUGUACAGCCUUCCCAUCCAGCUGGGUCGGACUCGGCGCCAUUCAGUCUGCCCAGAUGCUAGCGGCUCCCUCAUUUCCCAUGUUCGCUCCAGAGAUUGCUAAGAGACCUCGUCUCACAUUCAUCAAGACCUCUCGAUCAAGGGUAGGUUCCACCGCUACAUCUUCGGCAUUGCUAUCAACCCCUGUCAAAGCUGCUCGAAACACAUCAAGGGCUCGACAUGCCCCAAUCACGUCUCCCAGUUCCUCAUCGACUUCACAUGCAUCUGCGGCUACCUCUAUUAAGAGUCUAUUCCGCCGCGCUGGCUUUACUCACCACCCGUCACGGAUGCCGGAAGACCCAGCCAUUGCUCGCAAUGACCGCACCAGGGACAUAGCAAGUGGACAUGGAGAUGCUCAAGAGUUACAAUGCAUCCCAACAUCCGACACACAAGAUGCCCCUCCUUCGCCGGUAGGGGAUUCUCACUUUUCAGUGCAUCACGACAACACCUUGCUCACGAUCCCGAAGUCUUCGCGCCUACAAAAGGUGACUUCACUGCUGUCACUCAGGGAAAGAAUCACUUUCACGGGCUUUCCUCAUCCCAAACCAUCACGCAAGAAGCUCUUCAGGUCCCCAUCCAUGGGCCAUAGUCUACGACACAGAGACGAUCCAGAUAUUGCGAUACCCGCCAAGUUUGGCGCAGGGUUGAAAUCGCUCCGGCUAGGCACAGCUCUUCCAUCAGACUUCAAUGUCGAGUACUGUGAGCUCGGUGACGAGUUUUGUAGUCGACGAAAAAUCCCCGGCAAAAGUGGCAAAGCGAUUGGGAGAGGUGCAACGGCCAUAGUUCGAACCAUGUAUCGAAAGGGCGGUUCCAAGACUGAUUUAUAUGCCGUCAAAGAAUUCCGCAAAUGCGGCCGAAACGAAGAUCAGGUGGCAUACGAGAACAUGGUCAAAUCGGAAUUCAGCAUCGCCAAAAGUCUUCACCACCCAAACAUUGUGGAAACUGUUCGUCUUUGCAAGCACUCCGGCAGAUGGAAUCAUGUUAUGGAGUUUUGUGAAUACGGAGAGCUGUUCUUGUUAAUCAAGCAAGAAUACCUUCGCGACAUUGACAAUCUUUGCUUCUUCAAGCAGUUACUACGAGGCGUAGCAUACUUGCACCAGAACGGUAUUGCACAUCGUGACAUCAAGCCAGAAAACCUCUUGGUCACGUCAGAAGGUCAGCUCAAGAUCACCGACUUUGGUGUUUCAGAAGUUUUUGCUGGAAUACACCCAGGACUCAGAAUGACUACUCAGACAGACAUUAAGCAAGAAAAAACAAAAGAGGUCCGAAAAUGUUCACCGGGAAUUUGCGGCAGUAUACCUUAUUCAUCACCGGAGGUUCUUGCUGAAAGUGGUGACUAUGAUCCGCGUGCUCUCGAUGUAUGGUCAUGUGCCAUAGUGUGCUUUACUCUGUUUGUUCGUGGUAGCCCAUGGAAAGCUGCCAAACCCGAAGAUCCUCAUUACAAAAAGUUUCUCUCCGGGUGGCACAAGUUUCUCCUUCGAAAUCCAGAUGGUAUUAUCACCGAGACGGAGUCGCCAACAUGCGGUCGAAUCUUCACGACAUUCCCAAAGCGAGGAUUGAACCAUCUUAUACUCAAGAUGCUGCAUCCAGACCCUGAGAUUCGCAUCUCCAUCGAAGACGCCUUGAACGAUCGGUGCAUCCAGACCAUUGACUGCUGCAGCCCGGAUAUUGAACAAGAGGCUCCUCAGAAAAUCGCCCAAGACGCCCGCAUGCAAUCAGUGUUUGAUGUUGUUAAUGAGGAUAGUUUAAGGAUGGCCCGGAAGAAGGCACAUCGCCAUCUCCCUCCAGGGGGGAAGAAGCGACAUGGAUUGUGA